AUGGAGGGAGAUGAAGGAAAAAUAACUUCAAUUAAAAGAGCACUGGAAUGUCCUUUUUUAAUAAAAAUAUUUAUUAUUAAAAAUCAAUCACAUCCAUUUCAUUUAUGGAAGAAUGGUGAUUUUCCAAAGAAUGUUUUAUAUUAUCAGACACGAUUAUCAUGUACAUUACUCGAUUUAACUAAAUUUGUGAAUGAUGAGUUACCGGAACAUUUUAAACACCCUACAAUUUUACAAUUUCGUAUUAUACAAUUUGAUGUAUUAGAUAAUAGCUGUCAUAUUAUAAAUAUUGGUACAACUAGAUCAGAUAUUUCAACAAAUGAUGAAAAUUCAUCACUUGAAAGAGCAAAAUUUGACCCAGGUAAUUUUUUGGAAAUUGUCAUUAAGCCAGUUGAAAUGGUAAAAUCAGUAGAAAUUAAAUCUACUAGUAAUGAUAAUUUACGAAAUUAUGAUAAUCACAGGAAAAGAAAUUAUAGUGAUAGAAGUGAGGAAUAUAGUAUAAAAAAGAUCAGGCUUAACGACAACAAAUUUUUUGAUAAUAAGAAAAAUUCAUUUCUAUUUUCAAAAGGUAGGAAAUAUCGCUAG